AUGCGUGUUGUUAGCUCAAGCAUCGAUCCGCAUCGCAAAGAAAGCGACGUGAGUGGUGAGCACACGGUUCUCUACCCUACCACGUGUGCCGAGGUGCACGCGGCGCUGAACUACAAACCCGACGCCCCGGCGCUGGUACGCAGCGGUCGGCAUGCUGCUGACAGUGGACGCGUCGAUGGCACGGCCGCUGUAGUGGUGAACCUUCGCAAAUUCGCCGCUGUGGAGAUCGACGGGGAAAAAGUGUCUGUCGGUGCAGGGGCUACUACGUAUGACCUGGCCGUCAAGCUCAUGGAAAAAGGGCUCUUCCUGCCCCUGGAUGGGAAUCCGGACAAAAGCGUCCUCUCCAACGCCCUGUCCACCGUAAACGACCUCGUUCAUCAUGACCUCCUGAGCGCGUUCGUGGAGAGCUGCACGUAUGUCGCGAAGGAGAGUGCUCAGCCCAUCGAAACGAAGGACGUGACCGAGGCGAAGAAUCACGUCAUCACCAAUGUGGUGUUCAAUGCACUGCUGUCUACGGAAGCCGCUAAACACUACAAGAUGACGCGCUUGACCUUCGUGUACACCACAGACCACUUCAGGCGUGUGGUGGACCACCUAGUUUCUCACAAACCUGGGCACUCGACCCGAUGCGCCGUUCUCGUCUUCAGCGGCGCAUACGGUAUGGCCAUGUUCACGGUGACGACGAUGUGCAAGGAGGGCUCUUCAGAGUAUACCGACAAGAUGAUACAAAAGCUGAAGGAGAAAGAACAGUACGUGGAGGAGCUCAUGUUGGACAAGGCCUCGGCGGAAGGGGUGGAAAUCGUGCAGCUUGAAGAUUUGCCUGCGGUUCCGCCCUCUGUCGACAAGGGAAAGACCGUCUGUUGCGAUAUCCCGGGCUUCGGUGGGGAAGUAUUCGAUAAGACGGAGAAGGAGUACGAGAACAAGGCGACUCAGUACGCCACCACAUCGUACACUGAGGAGAAAGAUCGUGAGCGCAUGCACCCCUUCGUCAUUGGCUAUCCCGAGAACAAGGCCGACGUGGUCGCGUUUGUGAAGUAUGCUAUCGACAAAGGGAAGAAGGUCGUCGCUCGCAGCGGUGGCCAUCAGUACUGCGGGCUGUCGUCCGGCGGUGAAGACACCAUGCUGUUGAGCAUGGACCUCCUCCAUGACGUCACUGUCUUCAAUGCCCCGCAGCAGAAAGUGAUGGCUCGGCUGGGCCCCGGCGCUCGCCUUACUAACCUGGCAGCAGAGUUGAAGAAGAACGGGGUCACCAUCCCACACGGCGAGUGUCCUGAAGUUUGCAUCGGUGGUCAUGUCCAGUCCGGUGGUUUCGGUCAUCUCCUGCGCAGCUACGGCCUCGCCCUCGACCACGUCAAUUCGUUCGAGAUUGUGCUUGACCUGAACGGCCACGUGUCGACCUACACCAUCAAGCGACCCUCCAAGAAAGUGGACGAGAAAUCAAGCAUCGAGGACCGCAUCUACUGGGGCGUUCUGGGCGGUGGACCGGGAAGCUUUGGCGUCAUCACCGAGAUUGAGUUCGAGUGUAUUAAGGAUGCGGCCCACCGGUUUUCACGGGGAUACAAUGGCGUGUAUCGGUACUCGAAGGGUCGUUUCGAGGAGGCCAUGGGGGUGGUGCAGAGGCGGACCCAGCAGGUUGUACAAGACCGCACAGGUCCGUUGACUAAGGGGGCACUGUCUAAAGACUGCGAUCUGAUGAUCACAGCCAUGUCGAACAGUGGCGACCUUUCGGGAGGAACUUUCAAACCCGCGGUUAUCCUGGUGGAGAUGGUGCACGGUAACGUCCACGAUACUCCGUUGCCGACCAGUGAUAUUGAACGAAUGGAGGACGAAAUCACGAAGAUCAAGAACGCCAAGCCCUGGAUGUUGUUGUCGAAAAUUCCUACGUCCAACGACUUCGAUCUAGGAUCCCCCCGCACACUGUCAUUUAUGAGCAACGCUUUCGUGCGGAACACUGGGAUGACAAGGGACGGGCGCGAGUACAAGUUCCCCUAUGUGAAGCGCCUGAACUGCACAACCGAUACACUGACCGACGAGUUCGUCCAGAAAUUCAUCGACCUCGUUCAUGAAGCCAUCACAACACGCGAGGUCAAGCUGGUGUUCCAGAUGGUGAUGGGAGGCGGCGCCUACGAAGGAAACGGCACGAAAGGCAUCACGUCAAUCCCCCACCGCAACAACGUCAUCGGCAUCGUGUUCGAUGUCUUCUACGAGAAAGAUGGCAAGGAUAUCGCGAACAAACUUCACAAGAAAUUCGGAGCGCUGCUUCCGUCCUUCAGCAAAGGCAAAGAUAUUCGGAUGACGUGGGGCUCCUUCGGCGAAAUCAAAAUGGAGAAAAUGUGGGAGAGUUACUACGGCGAUAGCGGACUGUACCAGCGUCUGCAGAAGCUCAAGGGAGACGUGGACCCAAAAGACGUCUUCCACACACCCUUCACGGUCCAGCUCGAUUCGUCGGAUGGUCAAGAAGGCCCCAGCGCGAAGAAGCGGAAGACCAGCUGGACGACGCUGCAAGCACCCAGACAGGGAAUGAACGACGCAAAGGUCGAGUGUGGAGCGGCACCUUCGGAGGGGGCGCAGCUUCAGCCUGCCACACAUGCCGUGGCCACAACGGCACGAGUUCGACUAGCGGACACGCCAAGUCUGUGUAGGGAAUCAAUGUAG